AUGACCACCGCACAUAGACCCACGUUUGACCCGGCCCGGGGCAAAGAAGCUCUGCGCGGACCAGCCUACCAUCAGCGCCUCCAGCCCGCCCACACGCAACUCAAAUUCCGCCAGGCCGGCCAAGGAGGCGACGCCGACGACGAGCCCGAGCGCGACCUGGCCUCCGAGCUCCUCGCCGCCGAAGCCGCCCACUUUUCCAACAAGAACGGCGGCGGCGCCCCGAUUCCCUUGCCCGAAGAUGAUGAUGCCGAUGCCCAACACCACGUCUCCGCUGGUGAGAAGAGACGCCUGCCGUCAACGUCGUCCGACGCAGAACGGCUCGACGGCCAUCAAAGAGAAGACUCGGAAACGAAAAGAAGGAGGAUUUUGGAGCAGACGCGCGAUAUUGAUGCAGACGACGACGAUGACGACGACAAUGAUGAUGAUGAUGAUGAGCAAGACAGUGACGACGACGACGACGACGACGACAGUCAAGACGAUGAAGAUGCAGAGCUGCAGCGCGAACUGGAACGCGUGCGGAGAGAGCGCGAGGAGAAGAAGAGGCGGGAAGAGGCCGAGCGUGCCAAGGAGGAAGCCGAAGCUAGGGAGAGGAAUAUCGCUCUGGGAAAUCCUCUCCUGAACAAGCAGGACUUUACAAUGAAGCGCAGAUGGGAUGAUGACGUGGUGUUUAAGAACCAGGCCAGGGGGACAGAGGACAAGAAUAAGAAGAAGGAGUUUGUGAACGAUCUGCUUCGGUCUGACUUCCACAGACGAUUCAUGAGCAAAUACGUUAGAUAG